CGCACUUCACGUCGACAAUAAUGGACGAAAUGGACGACGUAGCCGCGUUCUGGCAGCACCAUGCUGAGGGUUUCUGUCCACAGGGCAACCCGCUCAAAGUUUGGGAAGAAUUACUGCUCAUGGCAGCACAAACCCCUGAGCGUUUCCGCGAAGCUUUGCAAGCGGCCGCAGUCGCUGUUGGUGCCCGGUACUGCAACCACGAUACUCCGCCGGGUCCGCUCCCUGAUAUCAGCAAACUGCCGGAGAGGCAGGCCGCCGUACAGCAACACGCUGGAUUAUGCGGAAAGUACCAUGCGGAACACAUCGCCAACAUCGACGUCACCAGGGUGGAAGAGAGGGCAGCAGGAGCUGAGAUCACAACGAAAAGAAUGAGGAAUCAGGCCUGCUACGACGCGGGUACGGCGCUCAACGCGCGAGGCCGUGGGGUUCAGCUGAGGAGGCAGGAGUGCUUCACCCAGGCCUGCUGCGCGGUCUGGCCUGACGACCAGCCGCUGCCCGCAGCCAAACUUGCGAUCGUUCGAUGUAUUGUGUGGCGCACGUGCCAUCGGCUACGCACGCGGGGCAGGGUAGCUAUGUUGUCUGUUUUGAUCAAGCCGAGACCGGUGGGUGAAUGUGCUGGCUCGAUUUCCCAAUGGGCGAACGGGCUAGGGUAG